AUGAAAGUGAAUGUCGAUUCCAUCUUGGAACACGCAAAGAAAUUGGAGAAAGAGACUGAGAACGAACUCAAUUGGCUCAAGAUUAACAAUUUGUUCAUCGAUCUUCUAAAGGAAAAAAAUUUGGAUUUCCUGAAGGUUAUGAAGUGCAUACCAGAACUAAUACUGCGGUCAUUCCUGAGUGAGCGCUCCAGACUGAGCGGUUCAGUUUUUCUGUUUCUCAAAGAGAGUGUAACCAAGCUUGGUGCAGAUGUUCCGCAGGAUGAAGCCCUUUUGGACGCAUGUUUCAAACUCUGUGGCCGCGCUAACAGGGUGUUUAACAAGCGAGGCGAAGAAAUGUUGUUGCUAGUGGCCGAAAAAACGAAUUUGCCCAAGCAUGUAAAGAUGUUGAAGUAUUAUAGCAAAUCGUUAAAUAAGAAGGUGAGAAAGGCUGUUUAUAUAGGAAUCGAGAAGAGUCUGAAGAGCUGUGCUGAUGUGAAUCGUGUAUGGGCAAUAUAUGAGCCGCUGAUAAAGAAUGGUGAGAAAGACCAAGAUAUUGAGGGCAGAUCGGUGUGUAAACGGAUUUUACUUGGAAAACGACCUGAUGUAGUAUCAAAGACCUUUUCGUUGGGCCAGAAUGCUGGUAUUUCUACGGCAAAGAGGGAGAUUAAAACGAAUUUCCCUUUUCUUCAGCGAGUGCCAGUGAGAACAAACAACGUGCAAGAGCCUGUUGUGAAGACAGAGGAAGUAAGGGAUUCAUUCAAGACAUACUUGAAGAGGCAUAACAAUGAGAUGAAAAAGUUAUUUAGUGAGAAGGUUGCCUUCGACAAGACGGUAAAUACACCGCCUAAGAAACAGAUUCGGGCAGCCGAUCAACACAAACGCAAGGUCCAGGGUGAACAAGUUUCGCAGAACAUACUCGAAUAUACACCAAGGGGCCUGAACAAGUAUCUUGAGCGAUAUCGAGAAGAGGUCCAACGGCUUAGGGUGUCUCCGGUUAAUGAGACGGAGCAAACGGGUGAUGUUAAGAACAGUGCUUCUCUGAAGUUGUGGGAAGAAAAUGACGAGCUCUUCGCAAAAGAAAUGCUGAAAUUUAAGGAAAUAAAGGUUCCUGACAAGUUUGAGCUAUCGUUUGAUGAAGAUAGCAAGGAUGCUGAGAUUGAACAUGCUGUUCGACACCAGCCAGACACCGAUCAGAGCAUCGGUGCCCGUGCCGAAUUAAAUACACAACAAGCCUUGAGUGCCUAUAGUGAAGAGGAAAACAUUCAAAACGUUGAAAAACAGUUGCAACGAUCUCAUCAUGAUGCAAUUCCUGAGCGUGAAAAAACCACAGCUCAGACAUUCAUCGGCGGUUCUGCAAAGGAGGUUCAGCAGUUUUAUUUCGAUGAUGGGACAAGUAACGGUAAAAAAGCAAAAGACCAGGAUGAGAGUAUGGGUAUUGUUGAAAAUCGUCAACAGUUCUACUUUGAAAACGGUGGAGAGAUGGAUGAACAAAAUGAAGGAGCUAUGGAAAUAAGCACAGAACGGGCCAACUUUUUAGGUGAUGAAGAGAGCGAAAUACCGUGUGAAAAUGCCCAGUUCAACUUUUUUGGGAACAAAGAUCUCAAAUUCGAAAACUUGGAUAAAUUUAACACGAUGACACAAGAGGAGUUUCUUAACCGUAGCAUGGGGAGUGCAAGUCAAGAUGCUGUCAACGAAGGCGUGCACAAUCUGAUUAAAGGCCAGGAGCGCUUAGCACAAGAGUCAUCGCGACUGAUUGAUAGUGUAAAAGUUAGUAGAAUCGAUGAAGGGACAGCUUGUCAGCAAGAAACAUACAGCGGGUUUCAUAAAGCAAGCCAACAAGAGCUGGGCGAGAGAACAAUCAUACUGCAGCUAAGUCCUCGUAGUAUGACACACAAAGGUAGCGAGCAGCUCGCGCAGGAUAUUAUUGUAGGUGAAAAUGGUAACAAACUGCCUUCCAACGAACAGACUAUGCCGAUGGAUGAAAAAAGUUCAUCAAUUAAGUCCAUAGAAGUGUAUGAACAGGUUGAUCGAGCAUUCGAUGAUUUAUCGGGAACAAUACCAUCCCAAGUAGCAGAGAACAAUGAUGAAGGAGAAAUGGGAAAUGUGUCAAGGUAUUCGUUUCUCGAGGACUCAUUUAACAGUUUGGGCGUUACUGAUGACGUGAACAUGCCGGCUCUGAAUGAAGAUAACGGGAGUAGCGGUUCGGUUUUCGAGGGUUCUUGUGUAAAAAAUCGGUUUGAGGACGCGGCCGAAGACCACACGACCGCGAAUAAAACGCAAGUUGGUGAGUUUUCGAACAUUGGAACGGUUCUACAAUUUAACAAGAAGACGCUCAGAAAGGAGCCGGAUGACCGUAAGUAA